GUAUGACACAGGAACAGGUGUUGCGGGCCAUGGGCAGGGACUACUUCAAGCUGUGUCUGGCCGACUACGGCAAAGUCCUCAGGUUGUUGGGCAGCAACUUGUUGGAGUUCUUCAGCAACAUCGACGGUCUCCAGGACCAGUUACAGGAAUACACUCGUUUCCAAGGACAGACUCCUCCCUCCUUCCGCUGUGAGUGGAAGAAAGAGAACCUCACCCUUCACUACUACUCUCCCCGUCGUGGCAUCCUCAGUUUUGUCGCUGGUACCGUUGAGGGCGUCGCUUCCUUCCUUUUCAACAGCGAACUCAAGCUAGAGAUCUCCCCCAGCAAAAACCCUACCUCCCCUCACCAUAUUUUCUACAUCAUCACCUCCAGCAACAACAACGACCGCCAUAUAUCCAUCUUGCUUCCGGGCCGCAUCAAUAUGUCCUCCAACCCACGUGACCUGAAGAUUGGCGUGCGCACCUUCUGCGCAUGUUUCCCCUUUCAUGUUGUCUUUGAUGAAAGUUUGAACAUCACCCAGCUGGGGACCACCUUGGCAAAAAUGAUUACUCCCAACGUCUCCAUCAAAGGGAAACACCUGUCGACCUACUUCGAUGUUCUGAAACCGAAGGUCAAGUUCAGCUGGUCUUCCAUCCUUUCCAGGGUCAAUUCCAGUUUUGUUGUUCGCACGAAAGGGUUGUCCAACCACCGACUCUCUGAUAACCUUGAGCUGAAGGGCCAGAUGCUGUUCUUGCAAGAGACUCAUUGUAUCCUGUUCCUGGGUUCCCCAAGUGUGGAGAAGCUGGAAGAACUUAUCGGGAAAGGCAUCUAUAUUUCGGACAUCCCCAUCCACGACGCUACACGCGACGUCAUCCUUGUGGGUGAGCAGACAAAAGCACAGGAUGGAUUGAAGAAAAGGAUGGAACAACUGAAGCAGAGCAUCGAGACGGCCAGCAAAGCUGUAGACGCGGAGAAACAGAAGAAUGUAGAUCUUCUACUGGAAAUAUUCCCUCCCAAAAUUGCACAGAAACUCUGGAGAGGAGAGACAGUGGAGCCGAUGACGGUGGAUGACGUGACGAUGCUGUUCAGCGACAUCGUGGGGUUCACAGCCAUCUGUAGCACGGCCACGCCCAUGCAGGUGGUGGACAUGCUCAACUCCCUCUACACCUACUUCGACCUCUAUUGUGUCGACAUAGACGUCUACAAGAUUGAGACUAUAGGCGACGCCUACUGUGUGGCUGGGGGACUGCACCGGCCCAGCAAGUACCACGCCCAGCAGAUCGCCUGGAUGGCGCUGAAGAUGAUGUCGGCUGCUGAAAAUGAGAAGUCACAUGACGGCAACGUCAUCAAGAUGCGCAUUGGCAUCCACACUGGCCGGGUACUGGCUGGCGUUGUGGGCAGAAAAAUGCCGCGGUAUUGCCUGUUUGGCAACAACGUUACCAUCGCCAACAAGUUUGAGUCUGGCAGCGAGCCGUUGAAGAUUCACGUCAGUCCGACCACCUACGAGCUGCUCAAACUGACCCCUGGAUUCACCUUCACCCCGAGAACUAAAGCCAAUCUGCCACCGGGAUUCCCCGAAACUAUUGAGGGUAUCCCCUUUUUCCUGGAAGGCUACGAAUUUCCGUAUGUGAAAAGUGAUAAACCGGAAAUAGAUCACGUGACCUUGGCAGUGGAAUAUUACAACGUGAAAGAUGGCGUGACCGAUUGA